CUCCCGGGGCGGGAGUAGGUGUGCGGGGGCUGCUGGGUGAGGAGUCGUGCGGUGGGUUGUGCUUCCGGGUCGCGGGGAACUGGGCCACGAUGCUGAUCAAAGUAAAGACACUGACUGGGAAAGAGAUUGAGAUUGACAUUGAGCCCACAGACAAGGUGGAGCGGAUAAAGGAGCGGGUGGAAGAGAAGGAGGGCAUCCCACCGCAGCAGCAGCGCCUCAUCUACAGUGGCAAACAGAUGAACGACGAGAAGACGGCCGCCGACUACAAGAUCCAGGGGGGAUCCGUGCUGCACCUGGUGCUGGCCCUGCGUGGUGGGGGGCUGCGAUGAUGGGGUCCCCUCCUGUCUCCCCAAAAGCACUGACACCCCCCUCCCCCCACUCCUGCUAGACUGGCCAUGCCUUGCCCCCUCCCCUACAUAUCCCACGGACUCUUACUGAGGACACUGGCUCCAUGGUUGGGAGCCUCACUCCUGCCCUUGGUGGGUGGGGGGGUGGGCAUUUGGAUGUAAGCCAGGCCCUUCCCCAGCCCCCAUGCUCCAUCACUCAGCCCCCUCCCCCACUUCCUGUCUCCCUCAAUGUGUUUGAAUAAAGGUGUCUGCGUGGC